CUGGGAAUUUCCUGGGUGGUAUGGGCAGAAUCUUCCCAUUUCUGUGCCUCAGUUUCCCGUCUAUAACAAAAGAGGUGGGGACUUCCCUGGUGGUCCAGUGGUUGAGACUCGGUGCUUCCACUGCAGGGGGCACAGAUUCAAUCCCUGGUCCGGAAACUAAGAUCCCACAUGCAGUGCAGCAUGACCAAUAAAAAAGGGGAGGUGGAUGAGGUGAUUCUCGAGGCCUCUCCAACAAGGCUGCUCCAGCUCUGAGACUGUGGCUGUCUGCGCACAUGUCCCUGGUGGUCCUGUGUGCUGGUUGAGCCCUGCCCUGCCUGGCUGUCAGUGUGCUCCGGUAGGGGACAGACAGUGGAGUCGGCAUUGCUGAUAAAAGUGGGGAGAGUGAGGAGGGGCACAGGAGGCUGGUUAGGGCUGGGAGACCUUGAGGGACUCCAGGGCAUAAUGGUUAAACUCGUGGCCUCUGGCUUCAAAUAGCAGCUCUGCUGCUUAUUUGCUGUAUGUCAUAAGCGGAACAUGCAGCCUCUGUUUCCUCUUCAGUAAAAGGCAGUUAACAGUAGACCAAGUUACAGGACUAUUGAGGGUUACAGAGUUAAUACACACAAAGCUCUCAGGACAGGACGUUGGCUCACAGCGAGUCCUGACAGCUCAUUGAUGUGAAUUGUUCCUCUGAUUCUGUUGGUCCACUCGGUGGUGGUCUUCUGGGCUGGCUUGACCAGGGCUGGAUGGUGUAAGGUGGUCUCAUGUGUCUGGUGGUUGGCACACUGGUUGGGUGGGGGGCCUCAGCUGGGCUUCUCAUCUCUGCCCCACGUGGUUUCUUCUUUCAGGAGGCGGACUGGGCACCAAAGCACCUCUGGGCCGAGCCUCUGCUCGGAUCCCAUUGGCCAGAGCAGGUCACGUGGCCAAGGCCAGAGUCAAGGGCUAGAGAAGGACUCCCUGAUGGGAGGAGCUGCAGUCACUUUGCAAGGGGAUGUGCACCCCAAGGGAGGAGGGCUCUCAGGGAGGAAGUGGGGCGUUGGUCUCUCUCCUGCCGGGACAAACCAAGUCAGAAGCAGAGGGCCAGUUCACUUUCGCUACGUGGUGUUCCAUCCGUUCCUGGACGAGAUUCUGAUCGGAAAGAUCAAAGGCUGCAGCCCGGAGGGAGUGCACGUCUCCCUAGGGUUCUUCGAUGACAUUCUCAUCCCUCCAGAGUCGCUGCAGCAGCCGGCCAAGUUCGACGAGGCAGAGCAGGUGUGGGUGUGGGAGUACGAGACGGAGGAGGGCGCCCACGACCUGUACAUGGACAUCGGCGAGGAGGUCCGCUUCCGGGUGGUGGACGAGAGCUUCGUGGACACGUCCCCCACGGGACCCAGCUCGGCCGAGGCCGCCUCUUCCAGCGAGGAGCUGCCCAAGAAGGAGGCUCCGUACACGCUCAUGGGAUCCAUCAGCGAGCCGGGCCUGGGCCUCCUCUCCUGGUGGACGAGCAGCUAGCCCUGCGCUGUGAGCAUGGACCCUGCCCCGCCCUUGGGAAGGAGGCGCAGCUGGCCCUGAAGACCACUGCUACUGGUUCAGACGAGGAGCGGCGAGGAGCGGCGUGCACCCUGCCAGGCUGUCCCCUCCCCUGCCUCUCCCAGAGCUACCCGAGUGCCACAGUCCCCACGGACUUCUGCCCAUUGGUGACAGCAAAGACAUUUAAUAAAUGAAGACGGCAUCACCUUGGAGAGCCGCCCUUGUCUCAGUGAUCUACAGUCACCAAGUUGCCACAGCCAGGACAGCACGUCCUUCCUGACCCCAGAUCACAUCUAGAGAUGACCCAGAGGUGGACUUUGGGGUGAAAGGUCCCGGCCAGCUCUGGGCCAGCUGAUCCUGGCGGCUCCACAAGUAGCCCAGAGAGCAGGAGGCUGGUCCGGGACAGCUGCCGGGUGCUCGUCACCUGACCUUCACGGGAAAACCUUCCUUCCCACCAGCGUGUGGAAGGUGGGGCCUGGACUCGGCCAAGCAGCUCCAUCAGGAAGUGGCAGCGCUGGGCUUUUGUGAGCCGGGGGUGAGGGCUGGUGACCCGCUGUUGUCGUUGCCCCCCCCCCAGCAGUACAGCGGGAGCCUUGGGCCAGCUGUCACUUUGUGACCUUGGCCACACAGUGAACACGCUGUGGGUCUGUCUGCUUGUGCUUUGAGAACCUGGAGGCGGGAAAACGCCUCAUCAUUUACUCAACAGAAAGGCUUUGCCAGAUUCCUCCUGCCCCUCCACUCAUUUCUGCCAGAAACCUCUCUUGGGACCAGGACAUGGUUUUAUAUCCCCCACUGGACGCCAUGUUUCCAUCAGGCAAGUCUUGUCCUGAUGAAGGGGUCGCCGUGGAGCCUGCCUCCGGCCCCGGACUUUCGGCUCACAUGGACAUGGGUCUGGAGCUGUGGGUGGUGCCAGUGGACGGCGCUCCGGGGAGAGGAGCCGUGCCCGCUGCCGCCCUGUGCCAGGGGAUGGGGGCAGGGCACGUGGACUAGCUGUGACCUUGGACGUGGUGGCCUGUCUGUACAACAGACACACACACUGCAUGUCUGAAGGGCAGCUCAAAGCCCAGGGGAAGGGGGAGGCUCCAUGUUGGGCCCAACCCCCCAGGCCCAUCAAGGAAGCUACUGGAAUGUGGGGAUGGGGAGGGGAGGCUGCCCCGUAGGCAGUGGGCUGAAAAACAAACGCUGUGGCGUGGCUCUGGGGGCCCCCACUGACUUUGGCUGUGAAGGAACCCCUCUGCCCCUUGUUGGAGCUGGUAACAGCAGACACCACCACUCACACAGCCAGUCACUGCAUGUGAAUUCUUAUUUUCCUUAUAAGAGCAAAAGGACUUUUUUAAAUCCUUUAGCCACCAGUGAAAUGAACAGGCAGGAGAAAAACUUUAGAUGGGCGUCUGUCAUCAAAAAUAAAUACAGUUGCAUGAAGCUGC